AGGUCCCUCUUUUUACCAAGCUGAAAAUGGCGGACUUUCAUGUCGCGUCAAUAUGUGAGCGCGCGAAUGGUCGAGCGUUCUGACACUUCUGGCGUCCAGCUGGUACGAUAACCCGCGACGGCACGCUGGAAAAUGCCGCGCGCCAAGAGUUUGCCGCAGAAGCUAGUCCAGGUGGCGAGCUGUCAUCCAUCGGCUAGCACGUGGGUGUUCCUCAUGAAGGAGGAUACUCUGGACGGCGCCAACGGGUGUCAACCGGAGAUCGUCAAGCUCAGACAUCCGGCCUCCGAUAAAUCUGCUGUAUUCGUCUUCAGCCCUGGAAAUCUCACGGUGCGGGAGGUUUUAAUCUUCGACGAAAAGAGGAGAUCAUGGUUCAUCGAUAAUAAUGUCAAAUCCGACGGCAAGUUGUACCUGUCGACGCCGAUCGAUCCGAUCUUCUUAGCUUUACCGUACUUGAGAAAGUCGCAAUUAGCGCAACCUGUGGAACAGUGUCUCUGGGACGAAGACUUCCCAGAGACGUCUCGUCUCGUGCAAUGUGAAAACUUGAACCUGUCGCUGGUCGCCGAUCGUAAGGGGGACGAGUCGCUCCAAGCGUUCAAGUUCAAUGAGGAGAAGUCAUUAAAUUGGUUGCGAAAGAAGGUGGAGAAGGUGGCGCAUGUGUUAAAGGAGAAAGGAGUUCACGUGUCCCAAGGUGCUACGAGUGCGACUUAUGUCAAGAGUACCAAAUGUGAAAUUGGUACGGAAGCAGAAUACUUAAAGUAUGCACAUGGUGUUGUGUCAGAGUACCUUGCUGAAGAUCUCUCAAAGAAGCUGGCACAGCAUUUAAAUAUACCCGACGAAAUGGAGAGUAAAAAGCGCAAGCUGACUAGUCCUCAAAGUGAAGCCGAAGAGAAAAAACUUAAAAGAGAUUCCGUGGAAGAGAGCCCAGCUUUGAAUGUAAAGAAGCAGGCAAAAGACUUGAGUAAACUUGAAAAGAAAAGCGCUGCUCCUGGUAAAAAGGAAUUGGCUAAACAGAGAGCAGCGGCGGGAUCUAAAAGCAUUACUAGCUUUUUUCAGAAGAAAUAAAUGUCAACAAAAUAUAGAACGUUUUUAAAGAUCAACGUAUUAUAGGAAUUUGCUAUUAUAUCUUAUUUUAAAACAUUUUACUGCUAAUUUAUAUAUUUAACGUCUUGUAUGUAUAAAUCUAUGUGAUAUUUUAGCCAGGAUUAUGUAACAAAAAAUUUUCCUCCAAUAUACUUCAAUGAAUUUACAUCAUAUAAAUAUUUAAACACACGAGUAUACAACAAGAAACAUUUAAUAAAAGAAUAUAAUGUACUAGC